GUGUCUUUCAAUAAUUAAAACUUUGAGUGUUGAAUUACUACUGCGUUGACAGUCAAACAUGUUUUCAAUCCUACGAGUAUUUUGUGUUCUCGCACUGUGGACACUUCCGGUUGCCCGGAGCUCCAUGUUUGUUGUGUCGAGGGAUGUGUGCAGAGAUCGAGUUAUCGAGUGCUUGAUAUCGUCGAAGGAAAAUAGACCUGUUUGUGGGACUGAUGGCAUUACGUACUCUUCUCAUUGUCAAGUGGUCGGAAAACAGUGCAGGGGAGACUCGGUACUUGUUAAUUAUGCGGGAUCCUGCAUUGAAAACACCCCGUGUUUUUCCGCUCGCCACGGUGCGCCCCACCCCCUCCAGCCGACCUGCAAUCCGGACGGGACCUUCACCGCAGUCCAAUGUCACCCCCCCUCGGGCUAUUGUUGGUGCGUCACCCCCUCUGGAGAUCGUCUUCCCGACACCAUCACCCGCCACAAAACCCCUCGCUGUCCGCCUCUCCACCCAUCCACGCCCCCUCCCCGCCCCCUCCUCCCUUCCACCCCCUCAACCCUCACCAAACGCCAGCAUUCCCCCUCGAACCUCACCCCCCUCUGGAACCGUCGAGCGCACUGCACCCGAAAAAAUCACCUCCAAUUCACCAAGAAUCUGCUAAAAACCUUCGAGAUCGAGUACAACCGCACAAUACUCCCGAACACCACGACCACCACCGACGUCAUCGCCUGGAAGUUUAAUCAGCUAGACGCAAAUACAGACGGUUAUUUAGAUAAAUCAGAGUACGAGGGAUUAGUGAGAUUAGCCGAGAAGGGAGUGACGCCGAAGAAGUGCGCCAGGUCAUUACCGAGGAUCUGUGACGUAACCAGAGACAUGAGGAUAUCUUUGCAGGAGUGGAGUACCUGUUUGACAAACAUUACGGUUGAUUUAUUGCGGCGCCACUCCCCGGGGUUACCUGGUGGCCUAUUGAUUGACGCCCGGGAGGGCCCGAAGGGUGAAGAGGACAAUAGCCGUGACGACUGUCCGUCGAAACGUUCGGUUGCCCUCAAGUACCAGCAGAAGACGGCGCAGACGAGUUUGUACAUACCUGAGUGCACUGAAGAGGGGAUGUACCAGUCCGUUCAGUGUUACUCGGGGUAUUGUUGGUGUGUGCACGAGGAGACUGGCGUCUCAAUCCCCAGGACUGCCUUGAAGGACGGCAGACCCGAUUGCAGUGGGGGACUGCCGCCUGUGAGGGCGAUGAAGGGGUGCAGGAGGGGGCGGCAAGAGGAUCUUCCCGAGGCGAUGAUGAGGGAGAUGAAGAGGCGGUUCGAGAGUCUGGGCGAAGAGACGAACGCGGAUGCUGGGGGGAGCGAGGAGGAAAGGGCCGCCGCGUGGAUGUUCUUCUCACUGGAUUUGAACAAGAAUAAGGUGCUGCAGAGGGGGCGGGAGUGGAAGAGCGUCAGGAUGCUGCUCCCUGAGAACAGGUGCGCCAAGAAGUUUCCGAGGUUCUGCGAUGUAAAUGGGGAUGAGAGGAUUUCUCUUGACGAGUGGCUGGGGUGUCUCAAUGUUGUCAAGGGGACAGGCUAUUCUGUACUGGGGGCCAGGGGGGUGAACCCCAUCAUGGUACUUCAUAGUGACUGAUGGUGGUAAUCGAUUUAGCGAAGAUUAUAGGGGAAAUAUGGAAUUGAUGGGAAUUUGUGAGGGUUGAGACGGUUUAGAAACUUAGUUUUCAAGGCUUUUUGAGGAGUUUUUUUUGGGUACUAGGGAGAACAUUUUUGCUGGGAGAUCGGUCGAGAAAAUAUUUGCAGAUUAUGUUGCAAAUAUCUUUAGAUAGUUUCUGAGUAAAGGGUAGAAAGAAAGUGUGUUUGUAUUCUAUCAAAUUAUCAACGAUUUGAAAUGUUUAUAGGGUAAAUUGUUAGAAAGAAAUUGAAAUUUCUUGAACUGUCCGGUAGUAAUUUUCAGGAGAACAACACUGAAUUUGAUUUGGGAGAAAAAGUCCGAAAAUUUUAAAAUUUCAUAAAUGAUUUAAAGAAAUUUUAAAUUUUUCCCAUCUUGCUUGGAUUUUCAAUUAACACAAAUGUUCCGUACUAAAUUAUUAUACUGAAUUUCAAAUUAAUUGAAAAUUCAAGUUUCGAUAU